UGAAUCCUCCAAACAUUGGGCGACAGAAGGCUGUAAUAUGUCCCGCUAUGUACCUAGGAAGAAAGUAUUUUGUUCCUGUAACCAUCUUACAAGUUUUGCUAUACUAAUGAACGUCUACCAGAAUGAAGGAGAUUUAAAGAAUAGUCAACUCUUGUCUAUUCUUUCUAAUAUUGGUUCCGGAAUAUCAUUUGUCUGUCUCAUUCUGACAGUAAUAAUUCAUAUUUAUUCAAAAACCCUAUGGAAAGUAAUGGCUUCAAAGAUUUUAGUAAAUUUGUGCAUUUCUUUAGCUGCCACUUAUCUUACCUUUCUUGCCGGGUUCCAAGCAUAUAGCACAGAAAUAACAGCUGUUUGUAAGGCAGUGGCUGCUCUGUUACACUACUUCCUUCUGACAUCUUUCAUCUGGAUGGCUGUAGAAGCACUUCAUAUUUUCCUGGGCGUCGUUGUUGUAUUCAACAUAUAUCAGUCAUCUUUUAUUAAGAAGUGUUCAAUUUUGGUCUGGGGUCUCCCAGCUGUCAUUGUCAUAAUUACUCUGGCAAUUAACAACACAAACAAUUACAUCAAAAGUGAUCAAGUCUGUUGGUUAUCCAGCACGGCUUUCUAUGCUGCCCUCCUGGCUCCCGUGGCGCUCAUCCUCCUCUUCAACAUUACUAUGUUUUCUCUCGUUAUGAGGAGUCUUAACUCAAUGCAAAAUGACAAGAAAUUUGAACACAAACCAAAAAAAGUACGUGUUUUUGGCAUCGUUGGAUUGUGUUUCCUGCUUGGAUUUCCCUGGCUCUUACCAUUCUUUGGUUUUGGUGAAGCAGCUGAAGUGUUUCGCCUUCUUUUUGCUAUAUUCACUCCCCUUCAAGGAAUGUUUAUCUUCCUAUGCUACUGUAUAUACAAAAAAGAUACCAGAGACGUCAUUUGCCUGUUCGUAUGUAAACGAAAAACAUGGGAGCUGUGGGAAGAUCCGAAGAAUAUAAAAAGUCCAAGCACCAGUAAGGAAACAAGAAAUAAAACAGCAGAAACGGACUUAUAAAUGAAAAUCAAGAAAAUAUCUUCAAGAUUAUAUUUUGCGUCAAAA